UAGUUUCAUGAGUUUCAAUAUGCGAGAAAAAAAUGGACUAUAUGGAGAUAAGACGCGUGCUGUCAAUUGUCAAUGCUAUUGCAGCAUCGAGCAGAAAUGUGGCUGUCAACUCGUAGGUCUGAAGAGAGAGAAAGAGAGGGAGAGAGAGAGCGAGAGAGAGGUUAGGAGCUCCGUACGCAUCCUGCUCCAGAUGGCGAUUUAAACGCAGACAGAAGGCUACAGAGGGAUAGAGAGAAUCACAAGACUGCACACUAGACCCGCGAGCUCAAAAUAAUCGAAAACUACAGAAUGAACCAAAACACGAAAUGAGCGAAAACAAAGACAACCAUUUAGGCGCUCGAAAUAUGAUAAAAGAUUUUUACUGACUGGAGUUGACAACAGCAUCUCAAGCCAAUUGUUUCAGUGGAAUGAGCGGUCCUAUAUGCCUGAACAGUUGGAUCGGUUGGCAAUGACGGUCUGAGAAGCGUGGUGUCUGCUGAGCAAAACCGAGUGAUUCAUUCAGCUUUGACAUGAUCAAACAAAGGGAGACUAAUUUUACGGACGUAUAAAGACUUGAUAUUGUAAAGUAAUUUGGACAAUUGUGUGCCAAACAACGGUUUCAAAGUCGUCUGCCGAGGAGUAGCAUUUGGAACAAGAGGAUCCAUGCCCAAAUGAAUUUCAUAUUUUUACGUUGGAUGUAGCCUACCGCGCGCAUCGGACAAGGAUUUGUGAAGUAGCCUAUUCUCUCUGACAAUUUUAAGAUUACACAAAAUAUUUAUUGUUUGUAUCAGUUUGCCGACGGUGAGCACAAAUGUUAAUACAUAGCUGAAUCAACUAUCACUGUGGUUUCUUUACUGUAUUAGCCCAUCCUUGCUAACAGAAAAUGAGAUCUAAAACAGCUCACAUUUAGAUAACGAAGAGAAGUUGUGAUUUCCCCCCCCCAAAAUCCAGAUAAACUGUUGGUUUUUACCAUCGACUGUAGACCAAAGACUUCUAUGUACUAAAGGAUCACAAAGCUCUGUCUAGCUUUGCGAUAUAGUUUUCAAUUUAUAUCUAAGAAGUGAAUUACCUCAUAAUUAAUUGAACCGAAAAGUCAACAACACCGCUUUGAAUCCAAAGGAACAUUUAUUUUUUUUUUGACUGUAAACGUGUCGAAUUGAUCAUUUUUUUCUCGCUCAAUAUCUUUCAUUAUCAAAGAGAAGGAAUAACACCUUUAUGAAUGGUGUUCAAUAUCUCCGAAGGCUUUAUCCUUUCUUCCAAAUAAUGAGGAUCGGGGCGUUAUAAUCGUCAUUCUUUGGUUUGGAUUAUCUUCGCUGCAAUUACCUCAGCCUGAACCCGACCUUCACAAAGUAGCACAGAACAGAAGGUUGGAACGAUGCCCGAUUCACCUGCUGAUGUCAAAACCCAGCCCAGGUUGACUCCGCCCACAAUGCCACCUCCACCCCCGGCCGUCAGCCAGGCACCCAAUCGCAACGCUUCAUUCACACCCACCACCAGUAGGUCAAUGCUGAACGGGAGCAGUCACUCAAGUCACUCGCCCACGUCGCUCAACGGGGCGCCCUCUACACCCAACGGCUUCAGCAACGGCCCCGCCAUGUCGUCCACUGCCUCCCUGUCCAAUCAGCAGCUGCCGCCGGCCUGUGGCGCCCGCCAGCUCUGCAAGCUCAAGCGUUUCCUCACCACGCUGCAGCAGUUCGGCAACGACAUCUCGCCCGAGAUCGGAGAGCGGGUCCGCAGUCUGGUGCUGGGUCUGGUGAAUUCCACCCUGACCAUAGAAGAGUUCCACUCCAAACUCCAGGAGGCUACCAACUUCCCGCUGCGUCCCUUUGUCAUUCCGUUCCUCAAGGCGAACCUGCCCCUGCUUCAGAGGGAGCUCCUCCACUGUGCACGGAUGGCCAAGCAGACUCCCGCCCAGUAUCUGGCUCAGCAUGAGCAGCUGCUGCUGGACGCCAACGCCAGCUCGCCCCUGGACUCCUCUGAGAUCAUGAUGGAGAUCAACGAGCAUGGCAAGAGGAGGACCCCCGACAGGACCAAAGACUCAGAGAGAGACGGGCACCACCCGGAGCACCUGGCCAAGCGGCCCUGCACCAUCAGCCCCAGCCAGCGCUUCAGUCCCAGCACUGGCCUGCCAGCCCACCCGCCCCCCAACGGCCUGCCCACGCACCCCCCCAACGGCCUGUCUCACCCCAACCCCCCUGCCCCCCAACACUACCGGCUGGAGGACAUGGCCCUGGCCCACCACUACCGAGACGCCUACCGCCACACAGCAGAGCACCGCGAGGCUCGGGACAGGCACCGGCAGACAGCCGUGCAUGGAGCACGCCAGGAGGAAGUGAUCGAUCACCGCCUGACAGAUCGGGAGUGGGCCGAGGAGUGGAAGCACCUCGAUAAUGUACGUGUUGCUGGGCUGCUCAACUGCAUCAUGGACAUGGUGGAGAAGACGCGGCGGUCUCUCACGGUGCUGCGGCGUUGCCAGGAAGCCGACCGCGAGGAGAUGAACCACUGGAUCCGACGCUACAGCGACGUGGAAGAUAUGAAAAAAGGUGGGAGCAACGGCCAGCCACGCCCUCCUCCUCUACCUCUACCUCCUCACAACUCCUCCUCCAACACUCCUAACAACGUCGAGACACAGCAGCCCAUAGAGAUUCAUAGGGACUUCCUGCACAGACCUGCGUCUGGCUACCUACCUGAGGAGAUCUGGAGGAAGGCUGGUGCUACAAGUAUCCCACUCUCCCCAGCACUGAAGCAACUCCAAAACAAGCAGGAGGAGGCAGUGAACGAGGUGAAGAGGCAGGCCAUGUCGGAGCUACAGAAGGCUGUGUCGGACGCCGAGAGGAAGGCCCAUGAGAUGAUCUCCGCUGAGAGGUCCAAGAUGGAGAGGGCGCUGGCCGAGGCCAGGAAACAGGCCUCUGAGGAUGCACUGACCGUCAUCAACCAGCAGGAGGACUCCAGCGAAAGCUGCUGGAACUGUGGACGCAAGGCCAGUGAGACGUGCAGCGGCUGCAACACGGCGCGCUACUGUGGCUCCUUCUGCCAGCACAAAGACUGGGAGAAGCACCACCACGUCUGUGGCCAGGGUCUGCAGGGCCUCCCCGGGGGCAGCAGUGUUCCUCUGGGCACCCCUUCCUCCAGCGCACCCCCUACACACUCAGAGAGCACCCCCCCUGGUCCACUCUCCCUGCCCGGCCAGACCAGUGGUGGUGGGGGUGGCAGUCUCUCCGGGAGUCCUAAGGAGGCUGGCUCCAGCAGUGCCUCACGCUCCACCACCCCAGCGACCCCUGCACUGCUGGACGCCACCUCUCGCUGACCCCGCCCUGCCACGCCCAGUCACUCCCACUGACGCUACAGUACAGCUGCCAGCCAUCCUAAACGAACAGAGGAAUCUCCAUCGAUCGCACUGCACCCUUUCCUUCUUCUGUACGGCAUCUGUAGGGGUCCUACCGUGAAUACUGCACCCUUUCCUUCUUCUGUACGGCGUCUGUAGGGGUCCUACCGUGAAUACUGCACCGUCGACUACUUCUUAGCUACCUGAAGAGCUCGUUUUCUCCUCAACGUCCCCCCAAAAAUCGUUCUGACUGUCUCCCAGCCGCACAGACUUUCUCUCUGUCAAACUCGAAACUAGUCAAGGGGUCCACUGUUGUGUUUAGCAUGGCUAGGGCUUACUUUACUGAAUGCUCAAAAUAAACCAAUGCAGAAGCAGAACUUCCUCUCUAUUACAAAAAAAAAAAACCACACCAGACUUGGUUAUUGAACUCUGAUAAUGUCAUGUGAAGAUAAGCUUUGUUAUAUGCCAGACCAACACGUGGCCUCAGUAACAUAAGCCCAGUCAGUGCUGUGUAUGUCGGGGGCUUGCAUUGCAUGAGACCCGUUAUGGUACCACACGUAUUGUGAAGAAGAGAUAUCUGAAUUUAGCACUUGGAGAGGAUUUCCCUUUAACGCAGCAGCAGUGGGAUGACUCUUAACCCCCAGCAUGUGCACUAACAGCCCAGACCUCUGAGAGAUGGAUAGAUAGAUGCGUCUAUAGAACAGGCUCCUCUGUGUACUGGGCCAUGGACAUGUUCUGAUUGAGGUCCCCUAUCUAAGAAGCCAGACACCAGUCAGGAAACUCCUCUUCCGAUGGAGGAGAGGGGAUAAGAUACACUCAUGGUGUGAUUUUUUUUCUCCUCAGAAACUCUUCCAUAAUACGGCUAAUUAUUUAUCUAAUGAUUCAUUUUUGGGCUUUAAGGAAGACAAAGAAAAGUCCAAAUAUUCUAAACAAAUAAUAAUAAGAAAAAUCAUAAAAAUAAAAAAAAGUUAACUACCUUGCUAGCGAGCCAAGAAAAUGACACCGGACUCACCUCUCUGUACCGAUGUGAACCCAAAUUAAUUCAAAGAAGGGAAAAACAUGAUCCAAACCUUUUUAUUACACUGCCAAAGUUACUAAGAGACAAGGAGAAGCACUCAUCUUGUAACCAAACGCAAGCAACUUCACCUCCUCAGCAGCAAAGCUUUGGGAGAUAAAGGCUGUAGAGCAACAACAGGAGUCACACAAAAACUCUAUAUUGAGUGUACUGUAGCUGACCUCUGUCAGCCUGAAAAUACCCACAGUGAUCCACAGAGAGAAAUCCAGAGCAAACAUUUGAACCGCCUGCCACAAAAGACAAUUGAAAUGGAAGGACGAACCACUGAAUGUGACAGUGAUUUAUGUGAAUGGCAACGGAAUGGACAAAGAAGCAGCUACUUGGCCUCAAAAAGAAGAUGAAAGGCAUUGGAACUGCCAAAAAGAACCUCAAAAAAACGGAUAACCUGUCCAAGCAAGCAUUGUACAGUACGGAUAAGACUUUUGUUCCUAAUUAUGUUUUUUAACUCUAUCAAGAGGAUACAUUUCAGUCGUACCUUUUCACCCUCCUUUUCCAAAGCAUGACAAACAGACUAACGAGCCUCAUAAGCGGUGUAGACUCAGUUCUCUUCUCUCUCUCUUUCUACCUCCCCCCCACUUUCCUGUAUGUUCCUCCCUAAAACUCUCUCGUUCCUCAGUCAGCCCUACCCCCUUUGGACAUAACCUCUGAGCAGAUAUCUGGGAAGGGAUCAAACCUGCUUGUAGAUAUUCCUUUCUUUGUUUCUCGAUAAAAAAAAAUGGUCUCUGUCUCUGGUGUCCACCUGUGCUGCCCUUGUGCGUUUUCAGAAAGAGGGACUUUUCUUCUUUUUAAGUUUGGACAAAACAUUGAAGCAGGAGCAAAGACACUCUAGGAGAGAAAGCCCCAUGUUGUACUUAUUGUUCAAUUUGUUGUAUCUUUAUCAAUGAAAAGAAAAUCCUCUUGUAGAAUAUUUUAUAUUGCUCGCAUUGUAAGACAGUGAGAGGACAGAGGUGCAAUAUGAAGAGAAUUCAGCUACUGGGUGGAACCUCAGCAACUACCCAUAGGGGGUCAUAUAAUAUAGAUACAUAUAAAUAUAUUUAAAAUAACAUCAGUAACUUAAUGUGAAUGUACAUAGUAUUUAAAGAGGUCCAAAAAUGUGUUUGCCAAAUAACAGAAACCUUUAAAGUAAUGUACAAUGUCCAGAAUAUGAUUUCUUUCCAGUUAAUUUUUUAAUCAAAGGAAUUUUCAUUUCUCAUAAAUCCUUCUUUUCUACCAGAUUAGCAAAGUCUGUUGAGUGUGCAAUCUCAAAAAGAUGUUAUGAGGAGGGAUGUUGGCAGCGAUAGUGGUUUUCUUCUGGAGUCACAGUUCUUAUAGCUCCCCCUGUGAUUGAUGGCAGCGUACUCCACUGACUCCCUUCAAGAGGAGCCAGCUAUAGCUCUCAUGACAGGCCCAAGAUGAUGGUUUUAAAGAGGAGAAAGAGAGGCUUAUCACACAUUGAUUCUAAAAGCGUCCUAGCAUGAGGCUAAAUUACUCCACUACUCUGGAUAUUGGAUUCAAAACGCAACAACUUGUGCCCAAAAAGUUAUCUGUAUCUGUGUGAAACAUUGCCAUCCAUUGGGCUGAAGUGCCACUGCAGUGGGCCACACUGAAACCCCUGUGGGUUGCCCUCAAAACAAAGCCAACACACUGGUCUGGAAGUCCGAAGCUUAACCUAACCAUGAUACUGCCCAAUCCUUUCACUGGUUAUUUUUUCUUACUCUGUCCAUAGAUUAGUUUGUGAAGAUGCAGUCUCAGUCAUUUAUCCUCAUGUAGGGUUCGUAUCCUAGCAAGGCGAAAAGGACUCAGAACCUGGGAGAGUUGGAACAGAUGUCUUCACAAUCACAGGCUAACAAGGAGGAAUGCCAUCUCAUACAGUAAUGGCAUCACAAGCUAUAAGUUAAAACAUAAUUUAGUUAGAAUUACAAGCUCAAAUGGCUUUCAAACGUAGCAUUAAAUCGGGGCUGUACCUGCCAUGUUAAAAUGAAUGAUAUAACAAUCCCUAACCAAUUGGCCACAUAACUCUAAAAUGGACCAAGCUGUUGUGUUGUUUUAUCGUCUACUGUUACAAGUAUGGUCUGCCAGGCUCUUUCUCAUUUAAAACCCAGAGUGACAUAUUGACGCAGAAACGAUUAGAUGUCUAUUAGCAUUGACAGUGUGUUUAAUGUAUCACAUAUGUACAUGAUCUAUUUUCCUAUAUGUCAGUAUCGAAAAGUAAUAUAUAAAUCGUUCAAAUGUGACAAGCUGCGAGGUACCCUGCAUCUGCGUGUAUAUGUGUGUCGUAUGUUAUUACCGAUGUAUUGAAAUGACUUCAGCCUGUUUGUGUUUCUAAACCUCUUCAGCCCUCUGCUCUUUAACCCCCACCUGAACAUCCCUCCUGUCUCCUGACCCACCACAAGCUACCUCCUGUGACGCUGCAGCACAUGACUGGGAGAGGUCACUGAGCUUUGGGAGCAGGGCUGCGAGCAGACAUGCAAACUCACACAAACAUCAGAGCAAAUAGGAAACAAACCCGAAUGAUCUAAUACUGAUAACUUUACAAUGUGAAUAUUUUCGCACCUCAACUCUGUCAGUCAGAAAUAGUGAUCAAAUGAGGAACACUCAGAUGAUUUUGAUUCUAGACUCUCUACGUACACAACACUGUUCAGGGUUCGAUAUACAGUUAUUCCUUCCAUACCCAAGCUGAACGUAAAACCAUUACAUGCCAUUUGUAGUCCAAAACAAAUAAAAGCACAGACCAAAGUAUUUCUGCACGGCAGUGGAUUUUGAAAUUGUGUAGAGAAAGACCAGAAAUAAGGAGGCUUGAGGCCAACUAUACCUGUUAACCAAAGUGUCUGAAAUAAACACAUGCUCAAAGCACAAGACAAAAACAAACAACCAACGCAUCUGUGAAGGUGGAGAUUUGUAGAUUAUUUAUUCAAGCAAUCAAAGCGCUUGUUUCUACAUAUCUAAUGCCUCAGAUAAGACUACAGAAACAUCUCCGGAAUGCGUAAUGAUUGCUUUGAGUUUUCUUCCUAAGCCUUGCUUACAGAUGGAAUAAAUGCAUGGUGUGUGUGUGUGUGUGUGUGUGUGUGUGUGUGUGUGUGUGUGUGUGUGUGUGUGUGUGUGUGUGUGUGUGUGUGUGUGUGUGUGUGUGUGUGUGUGUGUGUGUGUGUGUGUGUGUACUUGUUUUUCUCUUUUCACAGUUUCUCUGUACAAACUACUUGAACCUUCAGAGCUUUAAUGAAACAUCUCAGUCAGAAUAAUGGCAUAGAAUUCUAAAGAUGUAGCAGUGCACUGAGAGGGAAAGACAGAGUGAACUCACCCACCAUAUUAUCCACAACAUUACUGUAGGUUUUGAUGACAUUUCAAUACACAUUAUCCUUUAAUGCUCUCUGUGUGCUUUGCUUGUCUGUGAAUCAACCCUGAAACACAAUAACUCUUUGAUUUGUCACAACUUGUGGCAAAUGCUAUUUUUAUUGACCAAAAAAAAAUGUGUGUUUGUAAUAUCUAUCACACCAUCUCUCUCUUUCUCUGCUGUCCCUUCUUUAGCCCAGCAUUGGGGCACAUGUUCUUUGGGCAGGUCUGUACAGGGGUUGAUGCUGUUGGACAUUUGGCCAUGUAAGCUGUCACUAAAAGGACAGCUGAAGUAGAGUUAGCAUGCUGAGUUCCUGUUCUGUGUGACCCACUGGAGAGAAAGUUAACUAAUUCUCUUUUUUCUAUGACCAGACAAGGUCAACAAGGUUCCUAAAGUGGUAUGGGCUCUGAGGAAAGGAUUUAGGUUCUGGACAUGGACUAAUGGAAGACCAACUGUGUGUGGAGUGUUCUAUUUCAUUCAUGCCCUGUGAUGACUCAUGUCAUAAUGGGGUAUUAGGAGGACUGUUCCUGCCUCUGAUGUAAAAUCUACAUAGCCUGGAGGUCUAUGCCUCUUAUAUAUAGAUAAAGACUGUCAUUCAUUCACACAUACAGACCACUUUCUUAUCUCUUUAGGUUUUUAUUACGGCAUACAUGAAGAGGGCAAAUUCUGUAUUUUCGAUGGCAAAUACUAGCAUGUUGGCAUCAGCCUCUCCCUAACCAUUUACCACCAAUCUAUCAAUGGAGUUUCCUGGCUCAUCUGAUUUUAGCGAUUGAUUGCCCUGUAAAGCCCGCACUGAUACAAAGCUGAUUUGGCAAAAGUGGAUACAGCUCUUGGUCUCCCCAAGCCAUGGUAGGGAUGAAAGUGUUUUGUUUUUGUUUUUUUACAUUAUUACUUCAAGACAAAGACUUGGUUUUAUAUGUGUAGGGAAGCAUUAUAUACUGUAUUGUGCAAUACAUUAUUACAGAAAAAAAAAGUUUCUGUAGGAAAGGUUGUCGCUUUGAAGAAAAAUGUAUUUUCCUCUUUAAGGGUCCUAUUACCAUUCUUUAGAUGAAGUGAACUGUGCCAGAAGAAUUUAAUUCUGAUUUUUAUUUAUUUAUUGCAUGCUUUCCUUCCCUUUUUGCUAUUCCCCUUCUUUAACUGUGCGCUAUGUUGGAUGUGUGAAGCUGUAAACAUUCUAAUUCAGGUUAUCGUCUGUGUUGAGCUAUGUAACUGCGUAAUUAAACAUAAAAUGAAAUAUCAAA